AUGGCUGCCGUCCGGGUACUGCCUACCAUCCUCCUUCUCGUCAUACUCCUUCCGCUGUUCGCCACCGCUGGUACUCCACUUGUUUAUCCACGCAGAUUAGACCCGACUAAUGACUUGCAUGCGUGAGCGAGAGACAAUCUGAUUUCAAGUUGAACGAUUUUAUUUUUUUUGCUUGAUAUCGAAGCUCCAAUCCCUAGCCUUUCAUUGUUUUGAUUUUUCUGUUGUUGACAAGACAGAACGUAGAAGAAUCACGAAGCACCACACUCAUUCUUGUACGACUGCGACAUGAGAAAUUAUUCUAACGCACUUAGAGAGAAACGAAACAUGAAUCAGCCGGUUUUGAACCGGACGAUGGGAUUCUUUCGAAAGAUUAUACGCUCCACUCUCUUGUCCUUAAUUUUAAGGUUUCCAUUUAUAUUAUCCACGAAGAAUUACUGAGCCUCUACUUUUGCUGAUGAACCCUGAGGCAGCUUCCCUAGACUGUGCCAUCCUACUAAUCUACUCUGUGUAUGUAGGUGCUGCUCGGGACGUUGGGCAAACAGUGGAACCGUCCCAGAUAGGAAGAGUCUGUAGCUCGCCGAGCCACAGGUUCAAGGGGCGCUGCGGGAGCCAUUCGAACUGUUCAGUAAUCUGCAGGACGGAAGGUUUCGUCCGGGGCGAGUGUCGCGGUAUCAUUUUCCGUAGCUGCCACUGCAUCAAGCCAUGCCCAAAGCAUUAG